AGCAUGGAUCUGCUUCCAGCCCAGGAGGCUGCCAAGAUCUACCACACCAACUAUGUGAGAAACUCGCGGGCCAUCGGCGUCAUGUGGGCCGUGUUCACCAUCUGCUUCGUCAUCAUCACCAUGGUGGUCUUCAUCCAGCCCUACUGGAUCGGGGACAGCGUCAACACGCCGCAGGCCGGCUACUUCGGCCUCUUCCACUACUGCAUCGGCAACGCGCUCACCUCGGAGCUCACCUGCAAGGGCAGCGUGCUAGACUUCAGCUCCAUCCCGUCGCCGGCCUUCAGGACCGCCAUGUUCUUCGUGGGGACCUCCAUGCUGCUGAUUGUGGGCACCAUGGUCUGCUUCAGCCUCUUCUUCUUCUGCAACGCCGGGAACGUCUACAAGAUCUGUGCAUGGAUGCAGCUGGCCUCAGCCGUGCUGAUGGUGAUGGGCUGUAUGAUCUACCCGGACGGCUGGGAUUCCCCGGAGGUGAAGAGGAUGUGUGGCCAGAGGACGGAUAAGUACAGUCUGGGGAACUGCACGGUGCGCUGGGCCUACAUCCUGGCCAUCAUCAGCAUCCUGGACGCCCUCCUCCUGGCCCUUCUGUCCUUCACCCUCGGCAACCGGCAGGACAAACUGCUGCCGGACGACUUCGAGGUGGAGGGGGCAGGAAACCCGUGAUGAUCAAAGACCUUCAGGACCACAUGCAGACAUGCUUUGAUGGCAGUGAACAAGCAUCCUGAAAUGUCUUCAUGUAGUUUAGAUCAAACUGUUCACCUGC